AUGCAUCGCUUUUUUGCAGAGCUGGAGCCAUCUCUAUCCGUCACUGAGCAAAACCUGGCAGACCGAGUUCGGUACAUCGUGCGCUCCAACAUAUUUGGUGACGCCGAACUACGACUACGACGUGAGGCUGUUCCCUUGUCGGAUGGAAAUGCUACGGCUAGGAAUGCGGCGCCACUAAUUGCGCAGCAAACUGCAAAUGUGGACGCUGCCGUCAAUAUUCCAUUUGUGGUUGAUUCAGACGAUGAUGGAAUAGUCCCCCACGAACUAGAGAAAAUGAGGAGUAUAUUGGAAGAGUCGAUGCUGGAAACGCGCAGCAUGCCUCUCGAAAAUCGACCGCGACUUCCCCGCAUACCCCUUAGCAAGCGAAAACGGGCUGUCGUGCGGGCUCUUAACCCAAUGCUGGUGACCUAUUUGGAAGCCAGCCGGGACCUUUGCGAGACGGACUCAAUUCUUUUUGGCGCCGCACUGGCAGUAUGCCGUAUUAUUGGCGCCAAACUUCCCACGGCUGGACGUGCUCCUCGACAAAGUAGCGCCAUCCCAGCCUGGAAAAAGAGAAUUUAG